AUGCACGGAGAGGGCAACAACACCCCUUUCUGCUGGCAGCAGCAGCAGCAGCAGCAACAGCAGCAGCAGCAGCAGGAGCCGCUGCUGCAUCAGCAGCAUCCAUGGAAUGGGGGAGGACAGCAGCCGAUACACCAGAGCUAUUGGCAUGAACAAGACAAUGAGGACGAGGAGGAGGAGCAGCAGCAACACCAGCUGCAGCAGCAGCAGCAACAGCAGCAGCAGCAGCAGCAGCAGCAGCUCUACCCCUCACAGGCGGCUUCGCAGCAGGGGCCUUCUCGAUGGCAGUUGAUGUGUACGUACACCCGAGAAGGAGAAGGAGAGCAGCAGCAGCAACAGCAGCAGCAGCAGCAGCAGCAAGAAAUCCCAUCACAGCAGCAAUGGGGACACCAGCUAGGCAAUGAGACCCCUUCUUGGAUGCAGCAGCGCUACCAGCAGCAGCAACAGCAGCAGCAAGAGCAGCAGCAGCAGCAGUGGCAGCAGCAGUGGCAUGAACAGCCACAAACCGAUAGCGAAUCAAACAGUUCCCCUCAGAGCUGCUCCCCCUUUUCGCUGCAGCAGCAGCAGCAGCAGCAGCAGAAACUGCAGCAGCUGCAGCAGCAACAGCAGCAGCAGCAACGUCAAGCUCCUUCAACAUGGAACGAGCCAAGCCCUCCAUCUCCGUGGGAGGAGCAGCAACGGCUGCAGCAGCAGCAGCAGCAACAGAUGCAGCAACAGAAGCUGAGGCAGCAACAGAUGCAACAGCAACAGCUACAGCAGCAACAGAUGCAGCAGCAGCAGACGCAGCAGACGCAGCAGCAGCAGCAGCAGCAGAGAUGGUGUGAGCCGCUCUAUGCAGACACGCAGCAGACAUUGCUGCAGCAGCCAAAUCCAUGGAAGCCUCCCGCGCCUCUGCGGCGUAGGCAGUGGCAGCAGCAGCAGCAACAGCAGCAGCAGCAGGAACAGCAGACGCAGCAGCAGCAGCAGCAGCUGAAUGGAGCUAGCUUACAGAAGAACAUCUUCUAUGAGGGGCAGCAAACUGCUGCUAAUGCUGCUGCUGCUGCUGCUGCUGCUGCUGCACCUGUCCCCCGAUCUAAGAGGGUUUGGGGUCUAUCUAGGGCAGCAGCAACAGCAGCAACAGCAGCAACAGCAGCAGCAGCAGCAGGAACUCCUGCAGCAGCUGGCAGCAGAUGGAUGCCUUCAUUACAGCCUACCAGCUACUCUCAGAGCAGCAUCAGCAGCAGCUACAGCAUCAGCAGCAGCUACAGCAGCAGCAGCUGCUACAGCAGCAGCAGCAGCAGCAGCAAAGGCGAUGAGCUGAGAUUUGAAGGUAUAAGUGCCCGUACUGCAGCAGCAGCAGUUGCUGAUGCUGUGCUGCAUGCAGCAGCAAAGAAGCUACCAUCUGUGAUGCUGCAUGCAACAACAGCAACAGCAGCAACAGCAGCAGCAGCAGCAAAUACAGAGCUACCAGGGCCAGCAGGAACUUUGCUGCGGCUGCGGCUGCAGCAAGAGAAAGGAAAGAGGCUUAAGGGUUUAUCAAGAGAUUCACCAUUUGAUGGGAAAGAAGGACGAUUGCGUCCUUCGCAGGCAUCUGCUGCUGCUGCUGCUGCUGCUGCAGUUGCUGCUGCUGCUGCUGCACCUGGUUAUACACCUACACCUGGUUGUUGGGGUGGUGCAUGGCUAGGAUUAAAUUAUGGUGAUACAGAAGCAGCAGCAGAAGCAGCAGCAGCAGCAGAAGUUGCAGCAGCAGCAGCAGCAGCAGCAGCAGCAGCAAAUGGAUACGAUGAACAAAAAGCCCCGCUGCAGCAUUCUGCUUCUUGGGCUCGUGCUCUCCUUUUCUUAGGAUUCCCUUUUGAUGCCUUUCAUUUAGGAUUAACGCCUUCUCCUUCUCCAUGCCCAACCAUGUAA